AUGACAUUCUUGGCUACCGAGACAAAAAAGAAAACCGACAAGGACGUGAUUCGAACACGCGCGGCCGAAACCAUCCGCUUAGCAGGCGAACCCCUUAACCGCUCGGGCACCUUGUCAUUCUACGAAGAAAUUAUUCUAAAGGGUAUUAUUGCGACGGAGUGCUUUGCCGGAUUUCAUAGUUCGAAAACCCAAAAACAACACGACAAGGACGUGAUUCGAACACGCGCGGCCGAAGCCAUCCGCUUAGCAGGCGAACCCCUUAACCGCUCGGGCACCUUGCCUUUAUGA